UACACGGACAAAGUUUAGCAGUUGACAAUUCUUUUCUGACAAGUUAUUCCCUAUCCAAUAUAACAAUAGAUCUUUGAUUGAUAACUAUAUUUCAUUUAAAAAUAUAGCCAACUAUCAUAGCUCUUGUAUGAAUCAGAUGUAAUCGGACUAGUGUAGAGACUAACAAAGCCAUGUGUACCAGCUACAACGAGAGUAUGGUCUCCCAACAAGAAACUGAUAAAUGUUCUUUAUCCAUUACAGGUAGUCGAGAGAACCUCCUGUGUAAAGAUGUCAGCCAAGCCUUUCAGAUUUGAGCCGAUUACUCCAGCCUAUCAACCCGUUACGUACAACGCAGUAACAUUAGAGCCAUCCAUCGCUGUUCCUGGUCGAUUAUCCCAACCAUCUGUCAAUACGUGGAAAAACUGUAUCUACAGAAAGGUUGGACAAGUGAGAAACAAYGUGGAAAACAUUAAAAUAACAUCAGACUUGGUUUCUUCUGUCAAACAGUUCAUUGAGGAGAGAUCAUUCAGCUCAGUUGUUGCUCGUAAGACUGCAGCAUCAUUAACAAAGGAACGUACAGACGUCGAUCAUCCAGUGUACACAGGUAGCCCAUCAGACAUCCUGUUCAUCGGCAUGAAUACCCCGUAUGACGUCCAACUUGACCAAGAAAACAACAAUGCUUUUGAACAACAAGAGGAACAUCAAAGAAUGAUCAUUCAAACUGCAUUAAUGGAAAUCAACGCGAUCUGUCAAAGCACUGGCCUCGCUCCCAUGAGUGCAGCUGCUGCCACCAAGUUCCUGAUGGCAAGAGAUUUUGAUGUUGAGAAAACUGUGUCAUUGUACAACAAGUACCAGUCUCAGAGAAAGCUGUACCGUAUGGAAAACAUGUCACCCUUCAAGAAUCCUUUACAAGAAGAGAUCUACAGUGGCAGAUUCACUGUCUUGAACACAAGUGACCAAGAUGGCGCAGGAGUUGUGUACUUGUCUGCUAAACGAUUGAGUCAUCAUACUGACCACAAUACCAUAAUCAAUAAUAUCUACUUCCAGAUGGAUGAGGCAAUCAAAAGUCCUGAGAUGCAGAAAAAUGGGCUUGUACUUCUGUAUGACUUUAGUCAAGUUACCUUCAAAAGCUGUGAUAUCAAACUAUGCGCGAAGAUCUUAACCCUGUUCAAGGAAGCGUUCCCUGUUGUCCUCAAGAAAGUCUUUUUGAUAUCCCCUCCUUUCUGGUUAGCCGCCAGAAUGAGACUCCUUGAACCAGGGCUUCUUCGUGACUUGAACGCCCAGACUGUCUCAGCAAAUGUCCUGAAAGAACGGUUACCAGUCACGUGCAUUCCCGACAGUCUUGGCGGUACUCUUGCUGUCAAUCAUCUGACGUGGAUCUGUCAGUGUAUGGCUGUUCAUUCAGCACGCAUCGAGAGUGGAAAGCACAAGUUAUCAAAACUAGUCAAACGAAGACCAAAAAAAUUUUCAAGACAGCAGUCUAAAAGAAAACAGUCUAAAAGAAACAUCUAAGAAAUCUAAGGGAUAAAACUAGUGGAUAUUUUGUAUAUACUAUUGUAAAAAUGAUUGAAAUAGUGAGA